GGUGAUAGAAGGGGGUGUUGUAAUGGCUGAGAUUGCACUCCAAGGCCGGGCAGCGACAACUCGUUAACCUAAUAGACGUCCCAACUCUUAUAUUUUGUUUUCGCGGAGUCCACUCACUGUUUAUACCCCUAAUCUUCCCCUGAGAGGGUACUCCUCGGUUAUCAGCUAUCAGUUAUCAGCUGGAGAAGCUAUGAACGCCCGCUCCCUCGCUGAUAACAUGGUCGUCAGCCAUCUCUGAGUGCGUGUGUGACUUGUAGACCCAGUGGCUUCGUUCGCUCAUUAGUCGGUGGUCACUCGGCGCGGAAAGUUCCAGGGAAAAGCGCAGGGAAAAUGGCAGAGACAGCUCCAUCGGGAAUCAAGCGGGUUUUGUCCAUCCAGAGCCAUGUGGUGCACGGAUAUGUGGGCAACAAGGUGGCCACCUUUCCCCUGCAGUUGUUGGGCUUCGAUGUGGACCCCCUGAACUCGGUCCAGUUCUCCAAUCAUACCGGCUAUAAGACCUUCAAGGGUCCCGUCUCCAACGAGAAGGAGUUGGCCACCAUUUUCGAGGGGCUGGAGGAGAACGCGCUGCUGCCGCUCUACUCGCACCUGUUGACCGGCUACAUAGGCAAUCCCCUGUUCCUGCGCCAGGUGGGCUACAUUGUGAAGAAGCUGCGACAGGCCAAUCCGGGCCUGGUCUACGUCUGUGAUCCCGUGAUGGGCGACAAUGGCCAGCUGUAUGUGCCCAAGGAGCUGCUUCCUGUCUACAGGGAUGAGAUCAUUCCCCUGGCCGACAUCCUGACGCCAAACCAGUUCGAGGUGGAGCUGCUCACGGAGAAGGAGGUGCGCAGCGAGGCGGCCGUUUGGGAGGCCAUGGAUUGGUUCCACCAGCGCGGCAUCAAGACCGUGGUCAUCUCCAGCAGUGACCUGGGCCAGCCGGGCGUGCUCCGGGCCUUCCUGAGCCAGGUGAAUGGACCCCGUCUGGCCAUCGACAUCCCGAAGCAGGGCGGCAAGGAUCUGGUCUUCACCGGCACCGGUGAUCUGUUCGCCUCCCUCUUCCUGGCCCACAGCCAUGGCAGCAAGGAUAUAGCCAAUGUCUUUGAGAAGACCAUCGCCAGCCUGCAGGCGGUGAUCAGGCGCACGGUGGCUGCUCUGCCGAACGGUGGAAACGGUCCUGUGCAGGCAGCCGAGCGGGAGCUGAAGCUGGUGCAGUCCAAGGCGGACAUUGAACAGCCCCAGGUGCUCCUCAAGGCGCAGCUACUCAACUAGACGGGGAGCGGAACGAUUACCUUUAACACAUAUGCUCAUUCUACUUGUUCACGGACAAUAACCUUUUGAUACCUUAAGAUCAGCAUUUGUGUGCAUUGUUAUAACGAUAUAUGAUCAUGUUAAAUCUGAAGAGUGACAAGUUAAGUACCACAAACAAUGAUAAACCGCGGAGAUCAAAUACAUAUGCUCAUACGGACAAGCUUUGAUACCUUAAGUUACACUUUUAUAUGCAUUAUUAUAACUAUUAACUAUACAAAUAUAAAUUUAUGACCAUUGUAAAACUAAA